AUGCGGGCCAUCGCCCUCCACGCAGCCAGACAGACGACUUUCGCGUCGGCUUUCUCCACCAGCUCGCAAAGACUUCGCCUCGCCGAAAAUGGUGCUCAGGGCAGCGCGCCCGAGCGAUUCCGACUUCCCACACCCGACAAAUGGAACGAGAACAAGGAGAGCGUUUGGGACCAGGCGGGAAAAUACUUCCUUCUCACCGAGAUGGCGAGAGGCAUGUGGGUGUUGAUGGAGCAAUUCUUCCGGCCACCAUACACUAUUUACUACCCAUUCGAAAAGGGUCCGAUCUCACCGCGAUUUCGUGGCGAACACGCUCUCCGCCGAUACCCGACCGGCGAGGAGCGCUGCAUCGCAUGCAAGCUCUGUGAAGCUAUCUGCCCAGCUCAAGCCAUCACGAUCGAGGCCGAGGAGCGCAUGGACGGUAGCCGUCGCACGACCCGCUACGACAUUGACAUGACGAAGUGCAUCUACUGUGGCUUCUGCCAGGAAUCCUGCCCCGUGGACGCCAUCGUGGAGGGACCCAACGCCGAGUACGCCACCGAGACCCGAGAGGAGUUGCUUUACAACAAGGAGAAGCUCUUGUCAAACGGCGACAAGUGGGAGCCGGAAUUGGCAGCGGUGGCGAGAGCGGAUGCGCCAUACCGGUAGACAGCAGAGAAAGAUGGUGGAUGGGCAGGAAGACUACGCAGUGCGCGAUAGCCUCACUGCAGGAUAUGCAUAUAAAUCUUUCUUUUUGUUCGGUUUGGGGUUUUCAGCGAGCUUCCAAUUUCCCAUGUACGAAUCGCCAAUGGCAUACAUCUGUAUAUACCGAAUUGAACCAUUGUGCCAUAUGCUUGUAUUCUGAAACAUGUCUAUACGGACAUCAUAUCCAUCCCUCUAUUGCGGAUACAUGUUCGAAGGCCGAAUGUAACAGGGCAGCAGGGCCAUGCUUCUCAGCCACUUGGUAAGGCGUAAGCCUGUAGACUGCGGUUUGUCAACCCGAUCAAAUUCAUACAUGUGCCACGGUAGUUGGAGUGACGGAAUGGUAGCCAUGAUAUGUGCAACGCCACGGGGCAUGAGUUUCAAUUAUAGAAAGACUUG